GUACAAUCUUCGUUGUUUCUUCUACUGCACGGUUUACUCCAAAAACCGCAACGCGCAGUCUAGAGCCCUAAAAUUCCUCAUUUUUUUUGGUUCUCCUCUGCAAGUUCUGAUUCAAUUACAGAUUAAAUUCUCCAAAAUCUAGUAGAGAAUUUUUCUUUAUUAUUAAUUUUUUUGGGGGAAUUGGGACCAUAGUUUCAACUUUCAGCAGCUGAAGAACUUCUUGGUUUCGAUUCACCCAGGCUUCUGGAGGGAUUUAGGAUUGUCUGUGUUGGAGUGUUUUGGAUAUGGCAGUUCUCUUGGAGGACAUAAUUCGGUCCGUGGAGAUGUGGUUGAGGAUUAAGAAGCAGCCAGAGCCUUACGUAAACCCUGAUCUUGAUCCUGUUUUACUCGUACCUGGUAUUGCUGGUUCGAUUCUGAAUGCCGUAGACGAAAAUGGUAAGGCAAACCGUGUCUGGAUUCGACUUAUUGGUGCUGAUUACACACUGCGGACGAAGUUAUGGUCUCGUUUUAAUCCAUCUACUGGUCAAACAGUGUCAUUGGAUCCAAAAACAAGAAUUGUGGUGCCUGAAAGUAGAUAUGGAUUGGAUGCAAUUGAUGUCUUGGACCCUGACAUGGUCAUUGGACGUGAUUGUUUAUGCUAUUACCAUGACAUGAUAGUAGAAAUGAUCAAGUGGGGUUUUCAGGAAGGCAAAACUCUUUUUGGGUUCGGUUAUGAUUUCCGCCAGAGCAAUAGGUUUCAGGGAACCAUGGAACGCUUUGCUGCUAAACUAGAAUCGGCGUACACCGCUUCUGGGGGAAAAAAACUAAACAUUAUAACUCAUUCCAUGGGAGGUUUAUUAGUGAAAAGUUUCAUGUGCCUGCAUAGUGAUGUUUUUGAGAAGUAUGUGAAGAAUUGGAUUGCGAUUGCUGCACCAUUCCAGGGUGCACCUGGUUAUGUCACAUCCACCCUCUUGAAUGGGAUGUCAUUUAUCGAAGGGUGGGAACAGAAUUUUUUCAUAUCGAAAUGGAGCAUGCACCAGCUGCUGAUUGAAUGUCCUUCAAUGUAUGAAUUGUUGGCUUCUCCAAAUUUCAAUUGGCAAAACGUUCCACUGUUAGAAAUAUGGAGAGAAAAGCAGGAUAACGACGGAAAACCAACUAUUAUGCGUGAAUCAUCUGAACCAACAGAAGCUCUAUCGAUAUUGGAGGAAGCUCUUUCAAGUAACACGGUUCAUUAUGAUGGAGUGGAUAUUCCUAUGCCAUUCAACCUUGAGAUCUUGAAAUGGGCUAAUGAGACUAAAAAUUUGUUCUCAUGUGCUAAGGUUCCCCAGGGAAUUAAGUUCUACAAUAUAUAUGGUAUCGGUUAUGAUACGCCGCACAGUGUUAGCUAUGGGAGUGAGGAAAAACCUGUUACGGACCUUCAGCAACUGCCAUUUUUCGAGGCUAAUUUCACGUGUCUUGAUGGUGAUGGAACCGUUCCUGUGGAAUCCGCCAAGGCGGAUGGACUCAAUGCAGAGGCAAGGGUUGGAGUUCCUGGUGAUCACAGGGGGAUAGUCUAUGAUCGCCAUGUCUUUCGGAUACUCAAGCAUUGGCUAAAGGCAGGCGAACCAGACCCAUUCUACAACCCAAUAAACGACUAUGUGAUCUUACCCACAGCCUUCGAAAUGGAAGAGCACAGAGAGGAAGGCUUGCAGGUAGCAUCAGUCAGAGAAGAAUGGGACAUCAUUUCAGAGGACCAGGAUGUCCAAGGCAAUUCAGCCAAUAAGAAGCCUAUGGUGAGCUCAAUAUCUGUUUCUCAUGUGGGAAAGGAUCAAUCUUCACGAGCGGAGGCCCAUGUUACUGUUCACCCACAAAGUGAGGGAAAACAGCAUGUUGAACUUAGAGCAGUUAGUUUGUCUGUGGAUAGCUAAGAUUACACUGAUGGAAGUGUGGCAGCAAACCCUGAAAACGGGAACUCUGUUUCUACAAGAAUAUCUAAAAGUCGGGUGUACAGAUGGAAGUAGUUUCUUUUGUGUAUUAUAUCUCUUGUGUUGGAAGGAGUGGUGUUCCAAGUGUGUGUUAAACUGCUACUCUUCCCUGAUGGCCAUGCUUCAUAUUCAUUCCUAGUUGCAGUGUUGCAUUUAUUUAUGCA